AUGUCCUGGAAGGAGAUGAACCUGCUCAGCAAACUGCCGCCUCAUCCUAAUAUAAUACGGGUUGACCGUAUUGUUCUCGAGGACAUAGAUUCUCGAGUGAUUGGAUUCACAACAAAACAAGUCAUUCUCUUCGAUUUCGAUUGGGCCGCUAAUGGCAAGGACGGUCUACUGGAUAACCGAGAUGAUAUGUCUGGUGUUGCCUUCACACUAUAUGAGAUCAUCACCAACGAUACGCAUGUCACGAGUAUUCCUCGCUGGGAACGAAAUAUAGACAUGGUACAGAAUAUUGAAUGGAGUCGUCGCGAACUAGACUCUGACGUUUCAAAGUUCCGAAAGUUUCUGAAUGAAUGA